ACCGGCUCCUCGAUGGCACCCACAUGCGUCCACCACCAGUCCAACGCCUCUACACAAGCACCCUCUCUUGCCAACUUUUCCGAAGCAACCCCGACCGAAACUUCCAUCAGCACAGGGCAAGCUAGCUUCUUCACUGGCGGUGUGCCGCUGCUUGAGGAUGAUAACGGGGUACUCGUGCGUCCGCAGCACACAUGCCGGAACCCAGUGUAUGAGUGCGCGUUCUGGUUCUUGAGAUGCUCGUACAUCUCGUACAACAUGGAGGAGUGGCAUACGCACUGUCUCAGCCAUUUCCAUGGCGAGGAACCUCCUCGGUCGGUGCGAUGUCCGCUCUGCGAAUGGGAGUACCUUGGCGACGACGGAAAGAUAGCGUGGGACCGUAGAAUGGACCACAUUGCGUAUGAACACUUCCAGCGCGGACAGACCUUGAAGACCAGCCGACCGGACUUUGGUCUCUUCCACCACCUUUGGAACAAACGACUGAUCGACGACCAAGACUUGAAGGAGCUGAAGGGUGGAAACCAUAAUUUGACAAGGGAGCCCCGCGCCUUUUCGGUGACGGGGACAGGCCGCCGCGACAGAGACCGGCGGAGGCAGCCGCAGCGAACCCAACACAUUGGCGAUUUGAGACGUCAGGUGGCACCCGUCCGUACAUAG